AUGUACCGGUGGGAUGAGGGUGCAAGAAUCAGCGCUGCUGGAAGCCGUGGGGUGGAGGGUUUGGGGCUGCUUGUCGUGGAGCUGGGGCGGGGGACGGUGAAAGUGAGACAGACAUUCAGGCGCGCUGCCGGUGUCCGGGGCCGUCCCGGNCUGCCCCUCUUCGCCCAGCCGCCCUGCUCCGCCUGCCCGCUCGGCUUCAGGGUGGACCCCUUCACCGACUACGGCUCAUCCCUCACCGUCUCCCUGCCCGCCGCCCUCCAGCCGCACCAGCCCUUCCAGAUCAUCGUCCGCUACACCACGGCCGACGGCCCCGCCAUCUGGUGGCUGGAUCCAGAGCUGACAUAUGGCAACGCCAAGCCCUUUGUCUUCACACAGGGACACUCGGUGUGUAACCGCUCCUUCUUCCCCUGCUUUGACACCCCUGCAGUGAAAUGCACCUACUCAGCUACUGUCAAGGCUCCAGCAGGCAUACAGGUGUUGAUGAGUGCCACCCAAAGUUCCUACCUAGAAGAGGAAGGUGUAUAUCAAUUUUAUAUGGAAUAUCCAGUUCCUGCCUACCUAGUGGCCCUGGUGGCUGGAGACCUCAUACAUGCAGACAUAGGUCCAAGGAGCAGAGUGUGGGCAGAGCCUUGCCUGCUGCCAACAGCCAUCAGCAAGCUUUCUGGAAUUGUUGAGCGCUGGCUGACUGCUGCAGAGAGUCUGUAUGGCCCCUAUAUAUGGGGAAGAUAUGACAUUGUUUUUCUUCCUCCAUCCUUCCCUAUUGUUGCCAUGGAAAACCCAUGCCUGACUUUCAUCAUCUCUUCCAUUCUGGAGAGCGAUGAGUUUUUGAUCAUUGACGUCAUUCAUGAAGUUGCCCACAGCUGGUUUGGGAACGCGGUCACCAACGCCACGUGGGAGGAGAUGUGGCUGAGCGAGGGCCUGGCCACCUACGCGCAGCGCCGGAUCACCACCGAGACCUACGGAGCUGCCUUCACAUGUUUGGAGACUGCAUUCCGCCUCGAUGCUCUUCACAGACAAAUGAAGCUCCUCGGAGAGGACAACCCGGUCAGCAAGCUUCAGGUUAAACUGGAGCCAGGUGUGAAUCCCAGUAAUUUAAUGAACCUCUUCACCUAUGAGAAAGGCUACUGCUUUGUUUACUACUUGUCCCAGCUCUGUGGCGACCCCAGACACUUUGACUCCUUCCUAAGAGCCUACAUUGAGAAGUAUAAAUUUACCAGCGUUGUGGCUCAAGAUCUUCUUGAUUCCUUCCUGAAUUUUUUUCCAGAGCUGAAAGAGCAAUGUGUUGAGAGCAAAGCAGGACUGGAGUUUGAACGUUGGCUCAAUGCUACAGGACCUCCAUUAGCUGAGCCAGACUUAUCUCAGGGAUCCAGUCUGACCAGACCAGUGGAGACACUCUUCAAACUCUGGACCACAGAGCCUCUGGACUCUGUUGCUGCUGCCAGCAGUGUUGACCUCACUAAAUGGAGAACGUUCCAAACUGUGCUUUUCCUGGACAGAUUGCUGGAUGGAUCACCACUGCCACAUGAGGUGAUAAAAAAGCUCUCGGAAUGUUACUCCUCUCAGCUGGACUCCAUGAAUGCAGAAAUCCGUAUCCGCUGGUUGCAGAUUGUAGUCCGAAAUGACUAUUAUCCAGACCUUUACAAAGUCCGUCGCUUCUUGGAAAACCAGAUGUCUCGGAUGUACACAAUUCCACUUUACGAGGACCUUUGCACUGGCACCCUCAAGUCUUUUGCCUUAGAAAUUUUUUACCAGACCCAAAACCAGCUGCACCCCAAUUUGCGGAAAACGAUCCAACAGAUCUUAUCCCAGGGCUUGAAUCCACUUCCUGCCAUAGACACUACAGCAGUCACUACAGACACACCAGCAAUGGUGCUUGAGGACAAAGUCUCAGAGGCCACAAAUGGUGCCAUUUCACUCAGGGAUGUCAACGUGUCUGCUUAGAUCACCAGUUCAUGCCAGCCAUGAAGCUUGAAAAUGGGGACAGGAACAGAGGAAAGAUACCAAGCGUUGCCUCCUUUCCCUCAGCCUUGCAGCUGCAGUGUGUUGUAACUGGAUUUCUCUCCCAAAACACAAUGAAAAUGUGCCUUCAAGUAUCCAGCGUUUGAUACUGCCAGGUUUCAGAGAUCUCCGCCAGCUGUGUGAUGAAUAUUUUGAUUCAGUUUCUACUGGGCAGGGACUCCUGGGCUGUUGCUUCUCCAUGGAAAGUGGAUAGUUCCCUUUCCUGAGGCUCUUCUGGAUUUCUCCGGGUUUGUUGUUUGGUGGGGGGGAGGGUGGUUGUUUUGUUGUUUUUUUUUGGUUUUUUUUGUUUUUUUGUCUGAGGCCACUGAGGCAUGUCCUACUUGCUGUGUGUAUGUUGCUGGGGAGUGUGUAUGUGUCAAGUUGUCAUUGUCCUAAUAUUUGGGCUAAAGUUCUGUAAAGGAGAGACUCAGGAAUUGUUAGUGGCAGCAAACAUGUUUUCAUGUUAUGCUCCUUCCUGUGACAGAGGUAUUGUGAUUUCAGAGGAAGGGGACUAAUGCUUAAAUGAGAAACUAAUUUUAAAUAGCUCCUGUUUCCCCCUGCCCAUAGGUGGCUAAGUAAUAAUAAUAAUAAUGCUCUUUAUAUAUAUUAAGAGAUAUAUGAAAAAGAACAGGGAAACAUGAUGGAUUUGAAAUCCUUCUGUAGUUAACCCUACUCUCAGUUUUCCCUUUGCACUCAAUGGGACGAGCAAUAAAGAAAUGUGUAGGCUUGAAUUUUCAAAAAAGUUAAAAUUAGGUUCCCAAAUCCCAUCAAUUCUGGUACUAGCUGGAUACCUAAAACUUUUUAACUGUUUUGGCAAGUUUAGCUGCAACUUUUGCUAGUGUGUCAGGAUGUGUGGCAUAUGUAUCAGAUGCACUCUGUGUGUCUCCUAUUCUGUUCUUUUGGAGGAAUUAACAAGACCUGUAAUUUUUUUAAGAUCCCCAGCAUAUCUUGGCCUGUAAGUCAGCCAUGAAAAUAUCCAUGCUAAGAUUUUACUGCCUUGAAUACUGUUUGCCUGAAUAGCAGUUGCCCUGUCCUACAAUAGUCUGAGGGAAAUACCAUCUUUCUUGAUGUGAAACUUUUAAAUCCCACUUUAUCCAAGUCUGUUUUCUGACUUACAGUGGGAGUAAGGUGCCAUUUCAUUUCCCUGGCGUGCUGUUUCUCUGGAUCAUUGGCCAGCCAUGCAGGAUGGGAAGACACUGUCAUCCCUCUGUGCUGUUUGGUCUCAAGAAGCUGAGGGCAAAGUGUCCUGGGGUAUUGCAGAGUACAGGUGAUAGUUCUUAGACUCUGUGCCACAAACUUUUUAUUAUGUGCUCUCUGUGAGCUCCCACAAGGCAUCUCUGAGCUGAUGCAUCACCAGGAUAGUAUGAACAAAAGGCAAAUCAUUUGGAAAAGACUCAGCUAACAAAGAUGUGCGAGAGAAAUUGUUUUAUACUUCAGGGCAAAUUUUAGCUCUGCUAUGGGGAUCUGCAUAGACAGGAAGAGGAGGAAAUUUGGGAGGGUUUUUUUUUCUUCACCAGAAGUAUCUGUUUACACCCAUGUGUGGAUGGGGACUUAGGUGCUGUUGCUGGAUCUGCAUUUUCUGGCUUUAAAUUAAUUUGGACUUCACCAUAGCCUUAGCCUGGGCUGAACUGGGAUAAAGCAAUAAUAAACUCAGGCCUCUGUAGUGCUUCACUAGUUUUAAAAAUGGGCUAUCAGCGUUUUUGGGCUUCAGAACUCCAAGCUCUUCUCUUUGCUCCUUGAAUGGGAUUAUCUUUUAAAUUCUGUUUUGUUUUCCCAAAAAGGAUGGAGAAUGAUGUUUUCUACACAAAUCUCUUUCAUUUUCAUUUCUUGUUCUAUUGAAAGAGAUUUGUACAAGCUGACUUUACACUUCUGGAGUUGCCUCUGUUGGUGCUGUGUCUCCUGGACUCCACUGCCAGCAGUGGCAGCCUGGUCGAGACCAGGAACCACUAGCAUUUUUUGGAAUCACGGGCCUCUGUUUUAACACAUUUUAUUUAGUGGGAGAAUGUUUGUGACCCUGAUGGGAAUUUUUCAUUUACAUGGAUGCCUUAUGAUGAUUGUCAAAUUAAACUAAGCUUUGUGACAAGUUCAGCCUUUUGGGCAGUUUUUUGGCGUCCCUGCGCUAGCUGUGUGGAAGAGCUAACUUGGUUCAUUGUCUUUGUUUUGUCCUUUUCUGGGAUGCAGCAUAGAGGGAGUUUGGAAGCUUUUUCGAAGCUGCACAGGAAGGUGCUGGAGAGGUGGCAAAAGCAAACAAUCAAAAAUAAAUAUUAUUUAUUGUUACUAGAACUGACUGAAAUAGAUCAGCUCUGUGUUUGGGAUAGACACCCAUCAGAGUAAGGAAAUGCUGGCUGAACUGAACAGACUGUUUCCUGGUUAAAUAACACAAGAUAUAAGUGAGUGUUUCUGCUCUCAUCUCUGUGAGAUACUAUGAAAAUGGCUUUUUACCUAGGACCUCUUUUCUGAAACAUGGAAGCAGAGCAAGAUUUUUUGAAAGUAUUCUGUGCAUCCUCCUCCAGGUACUUCUCUUUCUCCUGUGAGUGAGGAGUGCAUUUUUUAUAUUGUAGAGAUAAAAAAUUGGCAGCAGGUUUGUGGAGAUAAGCCUUCCUUUUGUUGACAGAAAAUAAAUUAAUGCUUCAGGCCACUUCUGUCUUGAUUUGUAGUAGACUUCAUAUUGACAGGGAAAUUACACUGUGAUUAAAUAGAAACUAUUUGCCUUAUCUUUGGUACAUUAAUUUCUGAUCUAAGUUGGAUUAGACAUCAAAUCGGUUUUAUUCAAACAGAUGCCAAGAGAUCAGGUUAUCUUUUUUAUUUUGAAAAUGAAAACUAUUACUUUAUUUCAUUGCAGCUUUGAGCAGGGCAACAGAGGAUCUAGAAAUAUCACUUGUAAAAAAGCUCUGAAGAGCCAAACAGUUUAAUAAAAUGGAGUAUUUCUGACUUAAAUUUAUAGCAUUUCAUAGCUGCAAUUGGUUGAUACAUUCAAUAUAAUUCUUGUUAGCUACAGUAUACUCUGUUAAACUUGUAUCAGUAAUUUUGGUGUCUUGUUACAUUGCAACAUUUUAACCACAAACUCCAUCAACCAAGAACAAUUCUAUCAAGUAUCCCAAGCAUUCUGCUUCAACCAAAACUCUCUCAUAUUUUCGCACUGUAGUGACCUUGGCCAUUGUCUUUUUCAGAUAACACAGGACUUUCUGUACAUCUAAGCUCAUGAGCUGCACAAUUCACUUAGGUCAAAUACGCUUCUUCAGUCUUCUUUCCCUGUUUGUCCAAAGACAGAACAACACAGUACAGUCAACACGCUAAAAUCACACCACACUUCUUUUCACACUUUUUACUAUAGAUUGAUAAAAGCUGAAAGACACUUUGACCACAGUAUCAGACUUGGUGUCUAAGAGAAACCAUACUAGAAAUCACUGUGUGAGAUUUAUUGAGCCACUGUCCUCUGAGACACAGAAUUUUUGUCAGUUGUGAGGACACAGUUUGCCACUGAUUUUGUUGAAGCCCCAAGUAAAUUGGUUUAGCUGUUGAUUACAUGCACUCCUGAAAUGCAUACCUAAUGCCUACUUUGGAUUUGUCGACUUUUAUCUUCCAGCUCUGGAAACUACUGCUUUGUUUGUGAAAGUUAAAUUACUUACCUAUAAACUACUUACCUCUUUCUCAUGUAAGUACUUUUUAAUUCUUAAAAACAACAGAUUGAUUGGUCUCUUGAUGCAAGCUAUCUUCCACAGCUUCAUGUACUGAUUUUGCUUGGGUGGAGCAUGAUGUUUCAAUAUCCUUUUAAAGUGGAAAUUGCACAUUGUUUCUCAAAAAUUACCUCAAUUGCUGCUGUAUAUUCCACAUCAACUUUAAAAUAAUUUUUUAUUGAUACUGCCCAUUCAUCCUGUUUUUUCCAUUAAUAAUAGUAGUAAUUUGGGCACCUGUUAGUAUAUGUCUUACCUGGACAUGAGAACCUUUAAAAGAUAGAGAAGGGUGGAAAAACUAUUCUGGAGGUGACUUUUCACUCUAUACAGAGGGAUACUAGCCAGUUGCAAUAAAUGAUUGAGCCUGUGUGAACACUU